GAUCAAACUUUUUAAAACUUGAAGUAGAAUGACAACAAAAGAAUUAUUUUUUAAUCGAAAUUAUAUCUAAUAUUGAACUGAUUAAUCACUUAAAAAGAAAUUGAUUUCUUAACGUACAGAUAAUAGAAUUGUAAAUGUAACGGCACUUAAAAUAUAUAAAAAUAUCUUAUUUGGUUUGGAUAUGUAUACUCGUAUUAUAAGAAUACUACUCAGUUACUCAGUCUACUGCUUCGACUACAAAAUGCGAGUACUAGUGGUAUUGUGUAUAAUAUUACAAGUAGUUUUGGGAAAAAGAGGUUUUGGUCCAACAGAUCAAGAAUGGGGCUUCUCUGAAGUAAGACCUGGUGCUAAUUUAUUUUGGUGGCUUCAUUAUACCACCGCAGAUGUCUCUACACCAACAGAUAGACCUCUUCUAAUAUGGCUACAGGGAGGCCCAGGAUCAUCUUCAACAGGUUAUGGAAACUUUGAGGAGUUAGGUCCAUUAGAUUCAAAUUUAAAUCCUAGGAAUACUACUUGGGUACAAUGGGCUAAUGUUCUGUUUGUGGAUAAUCCUGUCGGAACCGGAUUUGGAUAUGUAACCAGUGAUGACUUGUACGCAAAAAAUAAUACUCAAAUUGCAACAGAUUUUUUGGAAUUUAUGAAAGAUUUCUACAAACAGUUGCCCAAAUUUAAGACCGUACCAUUGUACAUAUUUUGCGAGUCAUACGGUGGAAAAAUGGCAGCAGAAAUUGCACUUGUAUUAUACCAAGCCAUACAAAAAGGUGAAAUAGAAUCAAACUUAAAAGGCGUUGCCCUUGGCGAUUCUUGGAUUUCUCCCUUAGAUGCUGAACUUUCGUAUGGACCAUAUUUAUUUAACUUGGGUUUUAUUGAUCGAAAUGGAUACGACGCAAUAAUGGAAGAAGCUGCACGAGUAAAGAAAGCCAUAGACAAAGGCGACUUUGACGAAGCUCUUAGUCUAUGGUAUAGUAUGGAAUCAUUGGUGGAGGUUGAGACACGUGGAAUUGAUUGGUAUAAUGUCUUUACAGGACGAGUAUCUAAUAAUAUCAGGGGUUUGGACAAGCAAAAAACAGGUGCACCUAGUGUUACAGACGACCUAGCCACCAUUAUGAAUUCUAAAGUUGCUCCUGCGUUAAAUAUUACCAAAGAGUGGGUUGACCAAAGAUCUGAAGUGUUUGACUCUUUAGGAAACGACUUUAUGAGACCUGUGACGCAUAUAGUUGAAGAACUUCUUAAUACUACAGAUUUAAUUGUAGCUGUGUACAACGGACAAUUGGAUUUAAUUGUGGAUACACCUGCAACUUAUAAUUGGGUUGAAAAUAUUGCGUUUAAAGGAAAAGAUAAGUGGGAACAUGCAGAAAGGAUCGAAAUAUAUAACGCUGUCGACUAUAUUCAACAAGGCUUUUAUAAAAGAGCAAACAAAUUUGCCUUUUACUGGGUAAACCUAGCAGGUCAUAUGGUUCCACAUGACAACCCUACUGCUAUGGAGUUCAUUUUAAGAGACGUAACAGAUAAUUUCAAAGUAUAAAUUUUUUUAUAAAUCACAAAAUAUUAUCCUAAUUAAUAAUAUUUUGUGUAUUUUGAAUAAACGCUAAUAUGUAA